AUGAUCCAGGAAAAUCUGUCGUUCGUUGCGGCCCCCAUGGUCAAUCAGUCGGAUCUUCCCUUUCGUCUGCUGGUUAGAAGAUACGGCGCGACCUUAGCAUACACUCAGAUGCUCCUUCCAGAAAAGCUGCUUCAGGAUAGAGAUUAUCUUGAGUUCCAUCUGCGUGAUCUUUCGUAUCACAAUGGCGACUCCGAGCUAGACACGCCUGUGGUGGUUCAGCUUUGCGGAAAUGACCCUGAAACCGUCGUGCGUGGAGGGAAGACGAUCCAAAGCUACUGUGAUGGCAUCGACCUUAAUUUAGGUUGCCCACAAAAGGCGGCCGCCGAGGGGCACUACGGAGGCUACUUGCUCGCGCAGAAAGACUGGCCCUUAGUCAAAAGUAUCGUGUCUGCCAUGGCCCACUCAUUCGCAGUUCCGGUCUCAACUAAACUGCGGCUUUGCAAUCCUGCCGCCAGCACCAUGGAACUAGCUCGCCAACUCGAGUGCUCAGGCGCUUCCUGGAUCACACUACAUGCUCGAACGGUCUCAUCACGCCGUAGGAGACACGGCGCUGCUGAUCUUAAUCAAGUAAAGCUUCUCAAAGACGCCCUCGGUAUUCCUGUGAUUAGCAACGGUAACGUCCGUGAAUGGUCAGACGUGGUUCAGAAUCAGGAACUUACAGGUGCAGACGGCGUUAUGGUCGGUGAGGCUCUACUGUCCAAUCCUUGCCUAUUCUCUAGUAUCACCCCCGAUCCGUUCCAGAUAUCACGAGAAUAUUUGGGUAUAUGUCAGGAUCAUCCCGGGACCGCGACCAUCGCAACUAUCAGAGCCCACAUUCGACAUUUCAUUGAACUGAAGCAUAGUCGACGGCCUUGGUAUAAACAAUUUCGAGCCAAACUUAGCUCUUGUUCGAGUCUUGAGGAGCUUGAGGCUCUCUUGGCUAAAUAUGAUAAACUCCGUCCGAACGGGGAACGAGAACCUGAAAAGGAUCCGGAAGCCUCAGAGGAUGAGAGAUAA